AUGGCAGUGUUGCUGAUGUUACUCUUUGUCACCAUCUGCUUUCCAGGGCAGUGCCAGCUGCAGCUCAGUCAGUGCCACAUCCAGAGGUGCACGACAGACUUCGUCUCUCUCACCGCCCACCUCAGCCCCUCCCUGGAGGGCUUCAGCGGUGAGUUCUGCAAAGCACUUCGGGCCUACUCGGCCUGCACCCAGCGCACUGCCAAGAGCUGCCGCGGCAACCUGGUCUUCCAUUCAGCCACGCUUGGCAUCAGUGACCUCAUGAGCCAGCGCAACUGCUCCAAGGAAGGGCCCACCUCGUCCAGCCGCCCCGAGGCCCCCGCUGAGCCCUGCGCCCGCUGGCGCGACCCCCGAGGGGGUGAGGGCGCACACCCCGCCCACCUUUUCUGCGGUCUGUUUGGGGAUCCCCACCUCAGGACUUUCAGGGACCACUUCCAGACCUGCAAGGUCAAGGGGGCGUGGCCUCUCAUCGACAACAACUUCUUGUCAGUGCAGGUCACAAACGUUCCUGUGGUCCCUGGGUCCCUCGCUACGGCAACCAUAAAGAUUACAAUGAUCUUUAAACCGUACCAGGACUGCACAGACCAGAAGGUGUACCAGGUGGUGACGGACGACCUGCCCGCGGCCUUCACGGACGGGACAGUGAGUGGGGGCAGUAGCAGCGGCCGCAGUCUCUGGAUCGCGGAGAGGUCACCGGGCCGGCACGUGGAGAUCCACGCCGACUACAUUGGCGUCACCAUCAUCGUGCGGCAGCUGGGCCGCUACCUGACGCUGGCAGCGCGCGUGCCACGGGAGGUGGCCAUGGCCUACGACGACACACAGGACCUGCAGCUCUGCAUGGACGGCUGCCCUGCAGGAGAGCGCAUAGAUCUAGAGGGCUGGCUCCCUCUGCUGGCGCCGGGCUCACCCCACCACAUGCCUUGGCACCAGUAUUGGCAGCAGGGUCCUGGGGCCGGCCUGGGCCACCCGGGGCCGUGGAGCAGCUUCACCCUGGAGAGCGCUAUGACUGCAUGCCAGGAGCUCCUGGAAGUCAGGGAUAUCUACUUCCACUCCUGCGUGUUUGACCUCCUCACCACCGGGGACGCCAACUUCACAUCCACCGCCUACAAUGCCCUGAAAGACAUGGAGACGCUCCACCCAGUGAGGGAACGCUGGCGUAUUUUCCUCCGGUCAGAGUCCCCGGCGCCUCAUCCCCUCCACCUCAAACUGUGCCUGCUCUACACUCUUAUACUUGUGUUUCUCUUGGACUUCUGCUGA